AUGGUCCUCACUGUCACCUUGGAGCAUGGCCAGCAAAGUACAGAGAGUGCGCAGUUCUUCAUCCGCGAGGUCACCGAUGCAGAGGAUGAGACCCGGAAGCUGAAGAAGCCUUGGAAGGUGAGCUGGGAGAAGAGCCGAGCCUUCUGGCGCUACCCGAUACG